ACGCCUAAACCUAACCUUUAAAAUAGAUAGUAUGGCGUCGUUUUAGUGUAUUGGUUUAUAAAAAGUAUUUGUAAAUAUUUGUAGAUUCUAUGAAACAACGCAAGUGUAAAUCACAAUUAUAAAAUGAAAAAGUCACCAUUAAGUAUGCCAAGUAGCAGCAGACAGAACCAAAAUUGCAAUUGGAGGGUAGAGGAUCAUAAAAAGUGGACAGGUUAUAAUCAUGUUACAAGUGAUAGUUAUGUGUGUAUGUCGACGAACGAGGGCAAACAAUAUACUGGGGAUGAUUUUAUUCCUUUAAAUAAUAGUACACCAUUACCAGAACGAAAUAGGCCCAGUGGUAAUUGGCGGGGUACUAGAAGUCGUAAUCAUCGUAAUUCAGGUAGUGGUGGAUUUAACCAUUACAGGAACAAUUAUCAUUCAACCCCAAAAACAAAUUUCAAUAAUUUGUACUCUCCUUACAAGCACUCUGGUAAACAAUUUUAUGGUCAGAAAAAGGGUUAUCAGAAGGAUGCACAUAAACAGGUUGAUAUAUCUAGCUACAUAGAUAUGACAUCGUUUUUGGAAGAUCCUUGGGCAGAAUUAAUGAAAAAAUUUAACGACUCCAAAGAAGUAAACAGAGAAAUAUCACCUACACUUGAACAGUUGCCUUCCUCAGAUUCAAUUUGUAUAGAUCCGAAACUAAGUUCUGAAAGUGAAUCCGUAAUUGAUAUAGAUGAUUCUCGGUUUAAUUUGAAAUCCAAAAAUGAAUCUUCCAUAGACGUAGCAUUGGGGUUGGAUGAUACGGAUGUUAGCACCAUGUGCAAAACAGAAAGCUCAAUAGAUUUAAAACUCCAGAAUGUAAGAUUCGGUCAAGAAUUAACAAAUGAAAACAAGUGCAGUAAUAAUGGUAGUGUUUGUGAAGAUCUUGGAGAAAGAAAUGUUCAUCUUUCUUGUGGUUCUACAGCGACUGUGAUUCAGGAUCUUGUAUAACAGUAAAACAGAACAGAGUGUGCUUCUAAGGAAAGUAAUUAACUUUUAAUACAGUACGUUGUACUUUAUACAUUGUAAAUAUGAACAAUUGUACAUAGGCGUAGCGAAACCUGUGAAACAGUUGUUUUAGAUUUUUUGGAGUAAUACUCCUCUACUGUAUGAAGUGACAGACUAAUCAAAGUUGUAGCGAUGCAAUUUUUGUUUUUAAAAAUAAUUCUAUUAUAGAAGCAUAUCUAUUAUAUAUGCAGAAUAUAGUGUAUUGAAACUUCUUUCAAAUUAUAUUUUCACAAGAAGGCUGUGAAAAGAUAAGCGUAGUUAACACGAAAGAAAAUAUAUACGUGCAAUUCUCUAAUAUGUACUAAAAGAAGUACAUAUGUCAGAAUACAAGGGAACAGUAAACACCAAUUUUUCACCGAUAGAAUAAGUGGUUAGAAACCAUUGAAGAUCCAUGUAAAGUGUCUAAGAUCUAGCUACGUUUAGUUACAGUUUAACUAUUCGAUGCCAUUGUAUAAAUUAAAUUUAUACAUUCGUUCUGAGUUCUGUUUAUCCAAGAGAUUAAUAAUUCUGCAACUUCUGAUUUAUGCUUUUUAAUAUCAUUGAAUAUCAUUAAUUUUAGUCCGAUAAUAAUAGUUCAUGUAUGCUUAUUCUCGUAACAGCAUAGAAAUGUUACAAAACGUUAAUAGUAUAUAUCUAUAUUAAAGUAACCUUAACAUAGAAUUAAAUGAUUAUUAAUUAUGUGCAAACGCCCACAGUCUUAAUUUCAAAUAUUACCUAUUUAUGCAAUUAUAUAUUU